CGAUAACCCCAAAGCCACCGACAGCCUGACAGAGAGGUGCAAGUGCGUGCAAAGGGAACGGUACCAAAAAAAUAAAACGGCGAACAACGAAAAAACAAGGCAGCAAAGGUUUACUGCAAGCAGGCAAAUAGCAUUAGCGAGAUCGAGGGACGCCCGCCAACAGCAGAAGGGAGCAACCAACACGGUGUACAUUAGCCAGCAAAAGCAGCCGAGCCGAGCCGAGCCGCCACCCCAAAACCCACGUCAAAGCAAGUGUGUGUCCGUGAUUCACGUGAAGCGACGGAAGCUUUGCCACCCUCAAACACAAACGGGCGCAGCAUUUAAUUAAACGCACAGGCAAGUCACUGGUCCCGGGCUCGCCAGACGCCAGACCCAAUCUGUUACCGGGGCUCGUACGUGUGAUUGUGUGUCGAUCGAAGGCAAACGGGUGGCGUGUAAAACCUCCCCAGUGCCAGUAAAGCCCCAAGACCGGGCUGCAGAGGAACGGGACGACCCCAGGGAGAAACCACCGUACCAAACCAGGGACAGAUAGCGCUGCCGACCCCGUCGAAGUAGUAGACCGCAUUGGCCCCUGCUUCGAAGUCAACCUCCCCCGAUUGAAGUGCAAAACCAACAAAAGAAACCAAAAAUCCCACCACCACCAACCCGCCGCCCUAUCAACCGAGCCGUAAGAAAGCGCGUAAUCAAACCUUUCGAGCACGCACACACGCGCUAAGCAAUAGCAACAAGCAACAAGUUCGAUAACAGCAAGAGCCGCAGCCGAACCCAGCCUGCUUAGAGGGAAGAAACAAAACAAAAAAUGGCGAAGAAAACAUACGACCUGCUGUUCAAGCUGCUGCUGAUCGGCGACUCCGGCGUGGGGAAAACCUGCAUCCUGUUUCGCUUUUCCGACGACGCGUUCACGUCCACCUUCAUCUCGACCAUCGGAAUUGACUUUAAAAUCAAAACCAUCGAGCUGCGGGGCAAGAAAAUAAAGCUACAGAUCUGGGACACGGCGGGACAGGAACGGUUUCAUACGAUCACCACCUCCUACUACCGCGGCGCGAUGGGCAUCAUGCUGGUGUACGACAUAACGAACGAGAAAAGCUUUGACAAUAUAGUGAAAUGGUUGCGAAAUAUAGACGAGCACGCCAACGAGGACGUGGAAAAGAUGAUCCUCGGCAACAAGUGCGACAUGGCGGACAAGCGUGCGGUGCGCAAAGAGAGGGGCGAAAAUAUUGCCCGCGAACAUGACAUCCGCUUUAUGGAAACGUCCGCCAAAGCGAACACGAACAUCGAGCUGGCGUUCCGCGAGCUGGCCGAAGCCAUCCUGGACAAGGUGGCCGGCAAGGAGACGACCGACAACCCGGACCGGGUGGUCGUGAACAGGAGCACCGGCGAGCGGUUACCCGCCUACAAGGCCUGCUGCACGUAGUGUGCUUAAGCCAUCCAUGCCGUCGCCCCUAUCCCCCUGCUUUUCGUUCCACCCGCACCCCUCCUUUCCCUUGCCGCGCAGUAUGGCGCGUGUGUCGUUCCUAAGUGUGUAUCGUCGCGGCGCCCUGGCAGCCCAACAGCCCCGACACCACACCAACCCGGCACGGUUUACUUCCCCUCUGCACUCUAUCGCAGACCGUGGUGCGGGUGGAGGGGGGAGGGGGGCAAAGGGGGAGCAACCGGGUGUGUACACGAGAGUCCCGCGAACCCCUUGUCGCGUUUCGGUGCCGUGCUUCGUUUUUUAUUUUUGUUUUCUUUGUUGCGUUUAAGAUUUCGAGCUCUGCAGCAGCGCCUGGGCCUAGUAGGACGGUGCACGGGGCAAAAACCAAACACCGUGAAAUGAAAUUAGUAGCAGAUAUUGUAAGAUUAGUUCUGUCUGGCGGUGCACUCAAAAGGGCACUUGUUUAUGUGCAUAUGUGUGGGUGGGGGCUAGGAGGCGCUAGUGCGCAUUAUUUACGGCAAACACACAACUAUCAUUCACAAUUAGAUUUCCCGCGGCGUGUGGGCUCUGUCUGUUUUAGUCUGUUUAGUAGUGGUGGAGCGUUCACCACCGGGCGAGAGGGAGACCGAGUAGGAAAUAGUGCCGUAGGGCGCGAGAUGUAAAAUCAAACCGCGUGAAUGUACGUGUUGCACAGGAGGGGGUCUGGGGGCCGUAUUUCAUUACCGUUUAGCGUUUAGACCAAUUUGAGAUUUAGCGUUCGCGUGCGCGAGAGACAGCUGUGCGGCCCGUUUUGUUUUUAAUUUCCUCACCCCCAUCACCACAUUAAUUUUCAUUUUCGGUAUGAGUUACGGGCCAGUGCGACUCGUGCCGUGUUUAGCUUUAGUUACAUUUUUUGUUUGUUUGUUUUCGAGAUUUAGCUAAAUGAGAAAGAUGGCAAAUAGUAGACACGUGCGCCGAUGUAUCGCUUAGUGGGGAGCAUUGUAACGGCUCUUCUGUUGCGAUUUUAUUUUUCUCGUUCCUUCUUUUAACUAAACGAACUGUAUCGAAUGGGUUUUGUGUUUGGAUCGUUUUAUUAAAUUGUUUCCCCACAACAACCACAAAAAAACAAACCCAUCAUAAAACCACACAGAUACACAAACACACACACACAUAUUUUAAUGAUAUAACCUUUGAUUUCGUAGUAUAUUUAGCAAACUUUCGGGCAGCGCAGUUGCAUUAGUUUGAUGGUCGAUCCAUGAAAAAUCCCUUUAAUAUGGCGCUCCCGGUAACGGCUUGUUGUGUAAUUAGGUUGCAAGCAGGUGGGGCGCAAAACCACCGGUGAGGGGAGAGAAAGAUUAUGCACCGCGACAAACAAACAAACAAAACAAAUCAAACAAAUCAAAAGCCCGAAGCUUUAAGCCAAGCGAGCCAGCUUAUUUCAAUUUUUCUGUUGUGAUGAGUACGAAGUUACGUUAAGCUAAUGAUUUGCAGUUAGUAGAGGAAAAGAGAAGGAAGAGAGAGAGAUAGGGAUAGAGAGAGAGAGAGAGAGAGAGAGAGAGAGAGAGAGCGUAAAAUGCGUAGAGGAAACAAAAAAAUGUUACUAAAGAUGAAAGGUAAGCCACAAGGGGAAGUGAAAAAAAUGUGAAACCUUACGCGCCGCUAGUACGAUUAGAUGUAAUGAAACGAGAGCAAACGAAGAAGAAGAAGAAGAAGAAGGAAAUAUUAAUAAACCCCUAAUCAGCUCGACAUAUACAACACAACAAGCAAGCAGCCGUAUCAAAUCGAUCGUGUGGCCAAAAGGCGGGGCAAGGGCGGAUGAUUGAACAGCAUCGUACCGACCACACCCAUCCACCCACCUCCUCCUCCAACUGCACCCAACCGAUAGAAGAAAAAAAACCAUCCACCGGAGAAGUGACGUGAUGGGUGGCCGCUACCACCCAGGUUACAGGUUUUUUCCAGAAGUUCUCAUAGCUGUGGGACACUUUAUUAACUCUUUCUUACGGGAAAUGAACUUAAUGUAAUGGGAAUUGGACUCUAUAGCACUCUUGUUGGACAAAUCCAACAGGAAUGUCCAAGGAGCCUGUCCAAAAAGGGUGCCAUAGAGUCCAAUUUCCAACAUAUGAAGUUCACUUCCAAUAAGAUAAAGUCAAGCAAGUGUCCCACAAGUAUGAGAACCCCUAGAAAACCCUGUAUCAUGCUGUGAGCCAUGUUUUAAAGUGUGUCGUAAAGUGUUAAUUGUUUCGAUUUUUUUUUCUUGCUAUUUAUCGUCUGCUGUUGUGUGCAUCGUUAGCGCGAAGAUUAAAAGAUGGGGCAAGAAAGCUGUGUAGCGGGGUGUAAAAAAAACAGGCUGCCCUGGGUGUGUGUACUUUGCAUACGCAACCGUUAGUUUUCGGCCCCAAUGACGGGCAUGAUUUCAACAGGCGAAUGAUAACGAUCAAGCAUCAGCAAUCAGUGUUAGGUUUUAUGCGAAAGCGAGGAUGGUGGAAGGCAGCAGGCGGCCAGCACCCAAUCAUCACCUAAGCGCAAUAUUUGAAUGUUGUAAAUGGUAAACAAAAAAGAGAGGCAAACAUCGUACGAAUGUUGAGGCUAUUUCGGGAGGGGGAUGGACACAUAAAAACACGUUAUUAGUAAGCUUAUUGGAAGUGUGUGUUACUUACAGUGCUGCAAAAUGUCCCGGUCAAUGUCAUAAAAAAACAAAUCUGACUGAAUCAAAGUCCAUUUCAGCGUCACGUACUCAAUUGUGAUAAUCAGAAGUGAUACUCAAAACUCGAUUGGUGUGACCAAUGCAUGCUUCGUGACAUUUUUGUGACACCAACGCUUGGUCAGUCACUAUGUCAUGACUUUUGUUUUUACUGUGAUCAGUUCAGCAAAAUGUCACUGACAUAGUCAUGACAAAUUCCGGCUGAAACAAAAUCAUGUCACCGUCACGAGCUCUACUGUGAUUAUCAGAGGUGAGACUCAAACAGUUGGUGCGACCAUCACAUGCUUGGUGACACGUUGUGCAACCGCUCGGGACCACACGCCAAUUAUUCCAUCGACAGAACAUGUCGUCACCAAGUGAGUGACCAAGAGUGCGGUACAAAAAAAAAUGUCACCAAGCAUGUGAUUGAUCCACCAACGGUUUGAGUCUCACCUAUGAUCAUCACAGUUGUGUAUGUGACCUGACUUGAACUUCGUUUCAGUCAUGAGUGUUGGUGACUGAAACAGUGACAUUUGGCAGCACUGUUCACAGCCAGAAAAGGCCAUGAUUAUGCUUGUGACCGGCUUAAGCUAAGCUUGUCAGUCGGAGUAUAGCAUUGGACUCAAGCAUUCGCAUGUCGCGUUCGGCAUGUCAUGAUGCACUUUCAUUGAGUAUCAGCAAUGAGCAUCAAGCUACCACGGAUAUGUUCAUUGUUUUCGUUGGUGAACAUCACGUGAUGCUCAUGACAUUUUGUAGCACUGGUUACUUACUGUUUUUUUUUCUGCUUGUGCCCUAAUCCAAAUCUUUCGGCCAUACAGUUUCCCACCCACAAUGUCCCUCCUCCUCCCUGCCAGUAUGCAAAAUUCUUUCUCAACUUGCUCAACAUCACAACCCACUUUUGUACAACUGCGUGCUCAGUCUAACUGGCGCUGGAAAGAAAGGAGGAAAAACGCAUCAUACUCGUAGCAUGUAUAUGUGAUAUAAUAAGUAUCAGUAUCCAGCAUCACACAAAACUCGUACACAUCAAUCUAUCGAUACCACACUCACUGUGUCGUAGGCAAGCAAACGAAAAAAAAGAAAAGAAAAUGCGAUCCGCCAGGGGUGCAACAUAAGUGUGUAAGCAUAGCAAAAAGCAAAGCAUAAAAAAGAAACGUUAUUAACCCUAUAGCAGCUUGUACGUUUGUUCUGUGCGUUAACUUCCAGCCAGCCGGUUUGGACCGUGUGUGUGUGUGUGUAUUUUUGUUUCUCGCCUACUGACGGGGCUGCCAAAUUUCGAAAUGGGGUGUAGAUUUCAAUGCGACGGUGAGGAAGAAAAGAACAGAAAUAUCAAUAAAUGCUACCGGUGAAACGAUUUGGGUUAAA